ACCCCUAGUACAGAUACCAAGAGCGCGCGGCAGCGCGAACUUCGAGCUAGCCUAGCUUAGCUAGCCCCAGUGGACUGCUAUAGUAACUACAUACCCAGUGUAGCGGUACGGAGGAGAUGGCCAGCGGUACUGGUAUUGGUACUGGCAAUGGCGGAUCUGUCCUGGGGAUGGUCGUCGCGUGCGUGUGCGCGUGCCUGAUCCUCUCCGUCCCUGCCGCCGACGCGCAGCUCAAGGUCGGGUACUACGACGCGACGUGCCCUGACGCAGAGAGCCUCAUCACCACCAUCGUCCACGCCUCCGUCCGCAUGGACGCCGGCAACGGCCCCGGCCUCGUCCGCCUCUUCUUCCACGACUGCUUCGUCAGGGGCUGCGACGCGUCGGUGCUGCUGGACGACCCGACGGGCAGCCCGGGCAACCGUACGGUGGAGAAGACGGCGGCGCCCAACUUCCCCAGCCUCCGCGGCUUCGGCGUCAUCGACCGCGCCAAGCGCGUCGUGGAGCGCCGCUGCCCGGGCGUCGUCUCCUGCGCCGACAUCGUCGCCUUCGCCGCCCGCGACGCCUCCCGCAUCAUGGGCGGCAUAGUCUUCGCCAUGCCCUCCGGCCGCCUCGACGGCCGCGUCUCCAACGCCACCGAGGCGCUCGCCAACCUGCCCCCCGCCAACUUCAACCUCACCCAGCUCAUCACCCGCUUCGCGUCCAAGAACCUCACCGCCGACGAGAUGGUCACGCUCUCCGGGGCCCACUCCAUCGGCCGCUCCCACUGCUCCUCCUUCUCCAGCCGCCUCUACCCGCAGAUCGACCCGACGCUCAACAACACGCUCGCCAAGGCCCUCCGCGCCGGCAAGUGCCCGGCGGCGACGGGGCGGCUCGACCGCGUCGUGCAGCUGGACGCCAAGACGCCGCUCCAGCUCGACAACCAGUACUACAAGAACAUCGGCACCAACGAGGUGCUCUUCAACUCCGACCAGGCGCUGCUCGACCGGAGCGACACGGCGGCGCUCGUCGGCCAGUACGCCGCCAACCGGAAGCUGUGGUCGCAGAAGUUCGCGGACGCCAUGGUGAAGAUGGGCUACGCCGACGUGCUCACGGGGCCGCCCGGGGAGAUCAGGAAGGUCUGCAGCAGAGUGAACUAGUAGUAGUGCCAAACUUGCCAAAUUCAGACAUCUGCACAUGUGUACCCCGGCCACUGUACAUGACAUGAUCACCACAUACAUUUCACCUAGGUCAUCUCCGACGUGCCACUUGCAUCGAUCAUUCAUGGCUGUACUGUAACCUGUGACAUAGUACAAGGGUAGAUCAGGUGUCACAAUCUUGCAAAUUCCAUUGAUUCGUUUUGUGGGGCUACUUUGGGUUGGGUUAUUGGGUACCUAGCUAAACUGUGCAUGCAUACACUGAGAGGCACUGUGUAGCAGGUACAAAGAGAUCAACUGUGUCAUGGAAUUAAUUGCCCCAACAGUUUUAUUCUGUCA